AUGGGAAUUUGCCAUUCGAGUAAAAAAAUUCAAAGCGCGAUGAAUACUAAUCCUAUUUCGUAAUAUUCCUCAAAUCCUUCAAUUCUGUAAAAAAUAACCAACCAAAAACAAAGUAACUAUAAUCCUCAUGUUAAUUUAAUGGUCCCUUCUGAACCACAAAAUUACGAUCCUAAAAAUCCUCAUCGAUAAUUCAAUGUACUUAUAAACGGAGUCAGAUUUGAAAUUAUCAACUCAAUUGAGUCUUGUAUUAUAUCAAACGAUGGCAUCGAAGAAUGA